UCCACUAACUCCAUGUCUGUUGACCUCGCAAAGCUGAUGAUGUACAGUGUUAAGGUUCAUGACAGGUCUCGGAUCCCUCUGCAGAUUUAUCACAGGAAUUGAGUCCAUCAGUCAUGGGCGCCGUGAGGUUUGACCCUCUGCUGCUGUUUUCCCUGUUUGGAUUCUUCCAGGGAGGAAUUUCCCAGCUGCCUGAAUGGACUGAAGAGGUGGAAGGUAGUGGAGAGACAGAAUGGAUUCCCCAGCCAGACUUCAUAGAUGACAUAUACUGGUCAGGGUCAGCGCCCCUUUGUUUAGGAGGCUGUAAGGCGCUGCACCAGGAGCUGAGGAGAGACCGCUGUGGAGACUCGAGCUGCUGCUGGCUCGGCUACAAGUCCCUGUGCAAAGUGAACUGCGGGAAGCCAGCCGUGGAUUAUAACGGUGCGGUGUACGGUAACGACUGGUGGGUGGGCUCAGCGGUGAGGUACACAUGUCGCUAUGGCUUCAUGCUGGUGGGAAACCCUACCAGAAUUUGCCAGCCUAAUGGUCUGUGGACGCCGAAACCUGCGUGCCUCCGAAUGUGUCAGCGAGGCAGCGUUGAAAUAAGUGAGAGGGAACUGAACGGGACCUGCAACUCCACCUGCGCCUACAAGAGCUACUUCGGCCACCCCAAGCAAGGCUGCAGCCGCAUAGACAACUGCAAGAAGAAGGAGAGCGGCUGGAAGCGCUUCUUUGCACAGUGCGUCCCCUGCAUUUGUGACUGUGCCCUAUCAUGUGCAUCUGCAGGCUAGAGCAUGGAGAAAGCCCAGGGUUGACUGUACGGUGAGACAUCAGACGAAGAAGAAAUCCACACACACACACACACACACACACACACACACACACACACUAUGAUUCUCAAUCUUUAAUCUCUCUGGCACACCCAAUUUCUCCUUGAGAGUUUACAAUAUGACAAGAAGAUGGCAGUCAGUCACUAGGUGGUGAAUUCUGAGCAAAUCAGAGCUGCUGAUCUUAUCUGUGGAUGUAGGGUGGCGAGACAAGAAAAGUGAGGGGAAUUAAUCUUCAAACUUUGAACAGUCAUGUCAGAUUUGGGUCAAACAAUUAUUUUAUAUUGUUAAAAUGUUUUUUUUACAAGUACCUUAAGUGCCAGGUUGUGAGGUCUGUUAUCAUAUUAAUGUCAUUUCGGGAGGGCAAACUAUCAGGAUUUGGGGGUUUAGACAGCACUCAGACGGAAUUAUAAUUUUAUAUUUAAUCUUUUAUGUCACAAAUUUAACCUCUCGGGUGUAUUGAAUAUACUUUAUUUAACCAUUGUCUAUAAACAUUCUUGGAAGGUAGAACUAAAGGAGAGGGGGGAGUGAAAUCACAGAGAUUAGUGUCUCUGCCUCAUCUACCUCCUCUCAGUCCAUCUGUCCUGGAUGGAGCUGAAACUUUAAUCUUGUUAGAAAGGGAGGAGCUGUGGUCAGAGAUAACUUAAGUGCUGUAGAACUCAUAAGCUAUGUGCUAACUAUUUCUGCUGACAGGAAGAAUGCUAUAUGUUUUGAUAUUCA